UAAUUGUUUUAUGGAGGAUCCGUUAGCUUGCAAAACUGAUCAACUUUGGCAGUUCUUUAAUUUAAAGUGUCUUAAAUCCUUUCUUUAUAGUCAUAGUACUCGAUUGGUCAAUGGAGUUUUCAUGCUCUAGCUCUAAAUUAAACGAAUCUCCUUUUCUUCUAGCUCGGCUGGGUUGUUAGCUUGUUAGCUCCAGCCUACUGUAUAAUGGUAACUUUAGCUAUUGCUGGAAAUAGUCUAGUUCUUCUAGCAGUCUCCAGGUGUAAGAAGCUGAGAACCAGCAGCAACUGGUUCCUGGUGAACCUGGCAACCUCGGACCUCAUCAACGUCUGCAUCUCCUGUCCAGAAACUUUAAGUUUGGCAGUGACUAAGCACUGGAUUCUGCCACCAGGAGGACUGAGUGUGUUUCUCUGCACAAUGUCAGGAUUUCUUCCGAUGUUUUGCAGUUUUUUGUCAACAUUUACCAUCACGAGCAUUGCCCUGGAUAGAUACAAUAUCAUUAUUCACUCACUUUCAGGGAACAGUGGAAACCCAAUGGGUAGAACCCUAGUAUAUCUUGGUGUAUCCUGGAGUCUUGCGUUCCUCUUCUCCUCACCUCAACUCUUCAGCAUGCAGUUCAAUACUCAUACCUUCAAGACACCCCAGUUUACGUUGAUCCGCAGUUACUGCUUGGAAGAAUGGGCUUGGAAGCAGGGUCGGCUAUACUACAGUAUAUAUCAGUACUCUUUAUUCAACUACUAUAUUCUAGGGUCGGCUAUACUACAGUUUAUAUCAGGUCGGCUAUACUACAGUAUAUCAGUACUCUGUAUUCAACUACUACUACCAGCUACUAUCAUUACUCUGGCCCAUACUGCUAUACAUAGAAAACUGGCGAGUAUGCCGAUGCGACAACGCAGGCAACAGCAGCAACAAGAACGGCAACAACAACAACAACAGCAACAACCAAAGCGUAGUGGAGAACCUCAUAUGGACCGAACUCAAAAGGUCCUGAUCCUGGUUAUCCUAGUGUUUAGUAUCUCCUGGCUCCCCUUGAACCUACUCAAUCUACUACGAGAUGUUGGGAUUAGUAUCAGCAGUGGUUUGGAGGGUAGGAUUGGAGAUAUACUGGAUAGGAUUAUAUUCUCUAUCGUUCAUAUUCUCGCGAUGUCUUCUGCUGUUUCCAACCCAAUUAUUUACAGCUAUUUCAAUCAGGGAUUCCGUGUUGAGUUUAAAAGAUUAACUGGAAGAAAUCAUAUCGCUACCCCACCACCAACCAGGACUCAGGGCAGUCACCAUCAACGACGUAUUGAAUGGGAUCUGGAGAACCUGCAAACUGACUUUUCAAAAAUAAGUUCUACCAAAGAGGCUAGGGUAACCCUGGAGAGUCCAGACAGCUAG